CAUUCAAGAUUUUUCCCACAAUGCAUCCAAUUUUUCUUCUUUUUACUUCCUUUAAUUUUCUUCACAUUUCCUGCCACCUCUAUUACGAAUGGCCUCCAAACUUGGCUUCAGUAUAACAAGUUCUAGACUUUUUCAUGCCCCUUUUAAAAGACCAAUCUUUUCUGCUUCUUUACCUGCUGGUUCUUCACCAAGGCUCCCAUUGAUCCCUUUUGGUGCCAGUAGAAAGUUGUCUAUUAGAAGAAAGUUGUUGAUUCUUUCCCCUAAGGCCACUGCUGACCAGCCAGGUCAGGUCAAAGAAGAUGAGGCUGAGGACACCAAAAUUUUGCAGUAUUGUAGUCUUGACAGGAAAGAAAAGAAAUCCAUGGGGGAAAUGGAACAAGAGUUUCUUCAAGCACUACAAUCAUUCUACUAUGAAGGAAAGGCCAUAAUGUCGAAUGAGGAAUUUGAUAACCUCAAGGAAGAACUAAUGUGGGAAGGGAGCAGCGUUGUCAUGCUAAGUGGCGAUGAACAGAGAUUUUUGGAAGCUUCUAUGGCUUAUGUAUCUGGGAAUCCAAUUUUGACAGAUCAAGAGUUCGACAAGCUGAAGUUGAAGCUGAAGAUGGAUGGCAGUGAUAUUGUGGUUGAGGGUCCACGAUGCAGUCUCCGUAGUAGAAAGGUUUACAGUGACCUUUAUGUUGAUUACCUGAAGAUGUUUUUGCUAAAUGUUCCUGCCGCUGUUGUUGCGCUUGGAUUGUUUUUCUUCCUUGAUGAUUUGACAGGAUUUGAGAUUACCUAUCUUUUGGAGCUUCCGGAGCCAUUCAGUUUCAUUUUCGUGUGGUUUGCCGCUUUGCCCUCCAUACUGUGGUUAUCCUUUACAAUUACAAACGUUAUCAUUAAAGAUUUUCUUAUCUUAAAGGGCCCCUGUCCGAAUUGUGGAACAGAAAACACUUCUUUCUUUGGUACCAUAUUAUCUAUAUCUAGUGGAGGUAAAUCCAACCAAGUGAAAUGCACAAAUUGUGGUACGGAGAUGGUCUAUGAUUCAGCCACACGCUUAAUCACAUUGCCGGAAGGAAGUAGCGCAUGAAAUCUAGGGUGAUAUGUGUGUGAGACAUCUGCAAAGAGAUUGCACUAACACCAAUUUGCAUGGGAGGGAGAUCAUAUCAAUAUGUACAUGAUGAGAGCAAUAUGUAAAAAUUAAAAACCAUUUCUUAUGUUAAAAUGGUGGAUACUUUGUAAUUUGCAGUGUGUCAAUAUGUAGUUAAAAUAAUGUAUGUAUAUACCAUAGGCUAAAAAUUUAACAAAUUUUAUGGAGCGGGAGAUCAUGAAUGUUUUGAUUCAGAUAAUCAAAUAUCCUGAAUAGAGUUGA